AUGUCGUCGGCAAUAACUAAGGCACCCAUAAGAAUAAGACUAGCUCGUUUUGGGAGAAAAAACCAACCCUUAUAUAACAUUGUGGUAGCCAAUAGAAAGGCUGCAAGAGAUAAGUUGCCAAUUGAAGUAUUGGGAACCUAUGAUCCUGUUCCAAUUCCAUUGAGCCCUGAAGAAAAGGCUAAAGGAGUCAAGCCUUAUAAGCAUAUUGAGUUGGACUUCGAUAGAGCACAAUAUUGGCUUGGUGUUGGUGCAGAAGUGAGUGAAAGAGUUGGAUUCUUAUUCAAGAAGGCUGGAUUGUUACCUGAAUUCUGGCCUCAACCUUCAAGUCUCUCACAGCAUGUAUCUAAACCAUUAGUAUCUGGUCCUAAGACCGUUUUAGAAGAGGAGCAAGAGCUUAUCAGAAAGAGAUAG